AUGACGAAGACUAUCGAGCUAACUACAAGCGGCACCGAGCCGCUCACGCAGACGUUGGCGCUGGCCAGUGAACCUCUGACGGUGGCCACGCUCCGAGCCGAGGCGGCCGCACUACUGGCCGGCAAUGCUAAGACCUUCUCGCUGCGCUACACGGACUCGGACGGAGACGAAGUGACUAUCGCCCACGACGCGGACGUCAAGGAACUGGCCGACUACAUGGACGAUGAACAACUAGAGCGUGUGACGGUGACGGUGGUGUCACAGGAAGCGGCCGGCCGUCGUGCCGCCAGCGCGGUGCAGACGCAGCUACGCGGUCUAGUAACAGCCAUGUCCAAGCUGGCUACGACCAAGCCUAAGCAGCCCACGCCGGCCAACGCCAUGAACCUACUGGUGGCCAGUCUACAGACUAUGGAUGUGGCCGAGGACUCGGAGGAGCUGGCCGCGAUCAAGAAACAACUUCUCGAAAUACUGGACGAUGAUGAGUUUAAGAAGGCGGUGGAGGAGCUGUGCGCUUCUGAAGAGCUCAAGGAUCUGGCCGACGUCAUGGUGGCCGCUAUCUACGCAGAAGAUGCGGUGGCCAUUGAAGAGACAGCCACGGCCAGGCUGGACGAGCUACUGGUGUUCGCCCAGCGUCUAGUGGCCCGCUGUCCGACGCUUAAGCCGGCCAUGGUCAACGUGGCCAAGAACUGCAUGAGCGGCCUGGUCCGUCUUAACGACGAAGGGCUGGCCGACGAUGGAACGAGCUCGAGUUCAAGUAGCAGUGCUGAAGACGUGGAGCUUGAAGCUCGUGAGGUGGCUGUGCACUUCGGAAUCAUCUGUGACGGAUGUGACAAAGAGCCACUCGUUGGUGUCCGCUACAAGUCACUGGAAACGCCGGACUUUGAUGUAUGUGAAGACUGUGAAGCCAGCGGCCAAUGGGCCGAGCACGAGCCGUUCAUCAAAAUCGCGGACCCGUCUCGUGCUCCCAAACACCAACGUACGCCGGAACGAGUGGCGCAUCCGUUCGUGAGAUGCGAUGGAUGCGAGACGAGUCCCAUUGUGGGCCCUCGAUUCAAGUCGAAGACUGCGUAUGACUUUGAUCUUUGUCAAGCCUGUGAGGCCAGCGGCAAGUGGAAGGAAUCGCACGGGCCGUUCACGAAGAUCGUGGAACCUGGCAUGAUGCACGCGAUGAAGUUCACUUAUCGUCGUGGAGGAAAAAAAUAUGGCCACGGUAACUUCGGCCGUCAUCAUGGCAAGUUCGGCCGUCACCACGGCAAGUUUGAUGGGCACCCCGGCAAAUUCAAUCGUCAUGGCCACCACGGUCCACCUGGAAUCCCUUUUGAUGGCCCACCAUCUCACCACCACGGGCCAUCAUUCACUGGUUUCGGCCCGCGUCCUCGUCAUGGAGGCCCUGGCUUGCCUGGCCAUGGGCCGCCACCACCACCGCAUGACGAGGGCCCUCGCUUUGGCUUCGGUGAAGCUCAACGUGGACCUGGAUUCCCGACUCCAGGCCCACCUGGCUUUGGCCUUGGACACUUUGGCCCGCCUGGACCUGGAUUCCCCGGUCCGCAUGGCUCGACUCCGUACAUGCCGAACGUCCACAUGCAUUUUGGCCCUCGAGGAUGCCCCCGUGGCCGUCACGGACGUGACAUGCGCUUCUCGGGCGACAAUGAACAGCAAGAAGCGGGCCGUCGUCGCCAUGGACGUGGCCGCUGGGGCCGUGAGGCUUCCGACCUUGAGGCACGUUUCGUUGAGGACGUAACUAUCGAAGACGGGACAGUCGUGGAAGCUGGAAAGCCGCUACGUAAGAUGUGGAAGCUGGUCAACGACGGUGAGCGAGCGUGGCCGGAUGGAUGCUACAUGAUCACUCAGCCGGGCAAUCCCAUGUUCCCGGACAGAGAAUCAAGUCGCAUCGAGCUUCCUGCUUUGGCUCCUGGUCAGGAAUAUAUCGCUGGAGUCGACUUGGUCGCUCCGUCGCAGCCUGGACGCUACCCGAACUUUUGGCGUGUGUGUGACCCCGCCGACGCCAGCUUCGGCCACCGCUUCUGGAUUGACAUUGUGGUUGUUGGAAAUAGUAUUGCUGAGUCGACUCCAUCGGAAGCUCCAACGGCCGACAGCGGCGAAGACGAGAUGAAGAAAUCUGCUGAAGCUACGCCGUCCACUGAGGCUUCGUCGGAUGAUGAUAUCGAGAUUAUUGAUGUGACUGAAGCACAGGAAGCUGACGGUGAUGCGGAGAUCGGAGACGACAGUGAGGCUUUCGACGAGAACAAGAACUUCAAGGAGUCGAUGCAAAUACUGGCAGCGAUGGGAUUCUCUGAUUUGGACAAGAAUCUUCGGGCGCUGAAGCUGGUCGAUGGGAACGUCGGUGGCGCUGUCAACGUACUGCUGUCAGAGUAAGACGAGUACGAAUCAACCAUGCGUGUUUGUGUACGGACAACAUAAACCGAAUGAGCGAUUAAAAAAAAAGACUUCACAACAAGCUUCAAAGCGCCAAGGGAACAAGAAAAAAUCGAAUAUGAAGUGUGGUAGUAAAAGAAACUCGUAUUUCUGCGUUCGUGUGCAUGUCAUAGCAACAGGAAAACAAAAAAAACAAAAGAUACUCAUUAACAUAAUUCUUUGACUUCAAUUCA